AUGGUGUUUUUGACUUUAUCUUGCUGGAUCCGCAAUCGUGGGCCUGAUCGAUAUUGGAAGGUUCAAGAAGUUCUCAGUAAUGCACGGGUAAGUUAGCACUGUAGCUACUAGUUAGCUAGCCACUGACAGCCAGUUAGCUAGCAGCUAGCCCUGUUAGUUAACUAGCUAGUUAUUAUAUUUAAUUGACUUUACGUAAUUUAGCUGCUUUGUAUGCAACCUUUACUCACCGUAGUGACAGUUUCACACUGCAGGUGACUCAUCAGUUAACGUUAUAUAGCUAGCUAGUUAUGAAGCUAGUUAAGAGCCAUCUAGGUAAAGACGAAGCAUUUCGGCUAGUUUCUCAAAUAGCUGGCUGGUACUCGUUUCAGGGCUAUUCUCAUUCCAAGGAGAGGAGGACUGUGCCAAUUCUAGGCCUGUUAUAGCUACAUGUAGCUAGGCCUACUCACCUCUUGCAUAUGUCAUGCAGAUACAGUGUACAAGUCAAGUGUGGUAACGUUAUAGCUAACGUUAGUUGUCUUUAGUUAGUUAACAAACUAGCUAGGUGGUUAAGAAACGAAGAUGUUUCCACAUUUUACCUGAGUACUAGAGGUCAUCAUCAGCCAAUUAACGUUAAUGAAGUAAAAACGAAUCUACCUUUCCAUUUGGGUUCAAUUAAAUUCCAUUUUAAUCCUGGGGAUGAAUUAAAAUUGUGCAAUGUUAUUUACAUGGACUUUAACAUUAAUUAAUUAAAAUUCACUUCCUGUAUUGUCAGAGUUAAAAUGAACCCUUUUUGCCCAUUCCCAUCAUCUGUAUUUCUCUUCCCCUAUCUGUGUGUCCAUUAGCACUUCAGAGGUAGAAAGAACAGAUGCUACAGCCUGGCAGUGAGGGCAGUACGAAGGGCCUUUGUAUAUGCUACCAAGGCUCGCAAAAUAAAACGACGUAACAUGCGUACGGUAAGAGCAUGUUCAGAAUUAUAGCCAUGUCAUUGAUACAUCUAAUCUGAUGUGCUAGCUAUGCUAUACCCUGGAUCUAUAUGUGCACCCUGACAUGUCAUCAAGAUCUCUCCUCUCUCAUCCUUAUGAUAAUCAGCUACAUGUAGAUGACUGCUAUUGUGUGAUCCUAAAACUGUCUUUCAUCAGUUAUGGAUCUCACGUAUCGCGGCAGCAUCACGGGAGCACGGCAUGAAGUACCCUGCCCUUAUGCACAACCUGGUGAAGGUCAGUACAGUAGGCCUACAGUAUAUGUCUUAACCUAGUUACCACUCUGUCUCUCAGUUCCAGCUCAUAAUAUGCCAUUUAGCAGACGCUUUUAUCCAAAGCGACUUACAGUCAUGCGUGCAUACAUUUUUGUGUAUGGGUGGUCCCGGGGAUCGAACCCACUACCUUGGCGUUACAGGCGCCGUGCUCUACCAGCUGAGCUACAGAGGACCACAUGAGAAUUCAGUACACUGCUGUAUGGCAUUUUUGUUCCCAAGGUUUGAUUUACAAUGGUGCUCUAAUAUGAGGGCAACCACAUGUAAUCAGAGCACAGAAAAUACUUAGAAAAUAAAAAUAUUAGCUGGAGGGGAUUCACUGAAAAUGUUAUAUAUUAAUAACAAAUAGGGAUGAAUGGUACAAAUAGAAUGUUGUUACAUUAUUGAUUGUAUAUACUGAACUAUAAAAACCCUAUGCACUACCCUCUCAUCCCACUCCUUUGUCCUUAAUGUUGUAACUCAAAUCCUCUCUCAUCCUUUUCUAAGAUCUCCUUAGAUUUUUGUUAGUUCAAGGUGUAUAUAUAUUUACACUUUUACUCUUCUCUCCCGUUACAGAGUAGUGUUGAGGUGAAUCGACGUGUUCUGAGCGACCUUGCCAUCACAGAACCUAAGUCAUUCCUAUCUCUUGCAAAGCUGGCCAGGGCAAGGCAACAGGAGGGAUUCGGUGCAGCGCUGGGCGAUGGCAAAGAGCCUCCUGGUGUCUUCUCACGCAUUGUCACGCUACAGUGA